AUGCAUUCCAAAGCUAUUCUCCUCUCUCUUAUUGCCACUGCAAGUGCGCAGCAAGUUGGCACCCAGCAGACUGAAACACACCCUUCUAUGACAUGGUCGAAAUGCACUGGCACCGGAGGAACUAGCUGUGCAUCCCAGUCAGGAAAGGUUGUACUCGAUUCUAAUUGGAGAUGGGUUCACAAAGUCGGUGACUACACCAACUGCUACACUGGCAACACGUGGGAUGCUACUCUUUGCCCAGACGAUGCAACUUGCGCGAAGAACUGUGCCCUUGAGGGCGGCGACUACCCAGGCACUUAUGGCAUCAACGUGAGCGGCAACUCAAACAAGUUGACAUUCGUUACGCCAGGCCCAUAUGCUACCAACAUUGGCUCGCGAACGUACCUGAUGGCGGAUGACUCCAACUAUCAAAUGUUCAACCUCCUUAAUCAGGAGUUUACCUUUGAUGUGGAUCUUUCCCAGCUCCCUUGUGGCCUAAACGGUGCCCUCUACUUUGUUUCUAUGGAUAAGGACGGAGGAAUGAGCAAGUAUCCCAACAACAAGGCCGGUGCUAAGUACGGAACUGGGUACUGCGAUGCUCAAUGCCCACGCGAUCUCAAGUUCAUCAAUGGACAGGGCAACGUCGAAGGGUGGAAGCCAUCCUCUAAUGACGCAAACGCUGGUGUUGGAGGGCACGGCUCUUGCUGCGCAGAGAUGGAUAUCUGGGAGGCCAACUCCAUGGCUACGGCGUACACGCCGCAUUCUUGCGAUACUAUCACCCAAACAAUGUGUCAAGGUGACGCCUGUGGUGGUACCUACUCAUCCAACCGUUAUGCUGGGACUUGCGAUCCUGACGGAUGCGACUUCAAUUCAUACCGCCAAGGCGAUACAUCAUUCUACGGCAAGGGCAAGACUGUUGACACCAGCAAGGUGUUCACAGUGGUGACUCAAUUUAUUGGGAACCCGCUCACAGAGAUCAAGCGGUUCUACGUCCAAGGUGGAAAGGUCAUUCCGAACUCCCAAUCUAAAAUUGCGGGUGUUACCGGCAACUCUAUCACUACUGCGUUCUGCGACGCGCAAAAGGCAGCCUUCGGUGAUAACUACAGCUUCAAGACUCACGGCGGAAUGGCUUCUAUGAGCAAGGCUCUUAGCGGAGGAAUGGUGCUCGUUAUGUCACUCUGGGACGACCACUAUGCCAAUAUGCUCUGGCUUGACUCCACCUAUCCUACCGACUCGACCAAGCUGGGCUCUGUCCGUGGUUCUUGUGCAACUUCUUCAGGUGUCCCUAAAGAUGUUGAGUCCGCUUCACCAGGCGCGUCUGUCACCUACUCCAACAUCAAGGUCGGCCCAAUCGGCUCCACCUUCAAGGCACCAUAAAUUGCUUUUGCUUUAAAGGGAGAGAUUGAGUUUCCGCUGGAUGAUGUGAAGUGGAAUAGACAAUUAUCUGCUCUCUAUAGAUGCAAGAAGGCAGUCAUCAAGUCUUGCGUGCACGCAGCUUGAAGGGAACCGAUUUAUUCUGGAAGAUAUUAUAUAGCAAUAUUGCUGAUCCUGUCGUUUACUCAUUUUAUAGUUAGUAGGAG